AGAAAAAGCUGGGCCUGGGCUCUGCCCCGUUUCUGUUCUCCACCUGGCUCUACCCUUUUCUCCCUCUCCCUGGCUCUGCCCAACUCUCUAUCUCCCUGGGCGCCAGCCUCCCCGCCCACCCCUGGAGGCGGGGCUUGGCUGCACCCACGUGUGGCAGAGUUAAAUGCUCCUAGCUGGCAGAGGAGCUGGGGAGUGUGGCACUGAGCCGGCUCAGGCAAAGAAGCGGCACCAUGGCUGGCAAGAAAGUCUGCAUUGUAGGCUCCGGCAACUGGGGCUCAGCGAUUGCCAAGAUCGUGGGUAGUAAUGCAGCCCAGCUGGCACGCUUUGACCCUCGAGUGACCAUGUGGGUGUUUGAGGAAGAUGUCGGGGGCAGAAAGCUGACAGAGAUCAUCAACGCACAGCAUGAGAAUGUCAAAUACCUGCCAGGGCACAAGCUGCCCCCAAAUGUGGUGGCUGUCCCAGAUGUGGUUCAGGCUGCAACGGAUGCUGACAUCCUGAUCUUUGUGGUGCCCCAUCAGUUCAUUGGCAAGAUCUGUGACCAGCUCAAGGGCCAUCUGAAGGCGAAUGCCAUUGGCAUAUCUCUUAUUAAGGGGGUAGACGAGGGCCCCAAUGGGCUGAAGCUCAUCUCUGAAGUUAUUGGGGAGCGCCUUGGCAUCCCCAUGAGUGUGCUGAUGGGGGCCAACAUUGCCAGCGAGGUGGCUGAUGAGAAGUUCUGUGAGACAACUAUUGGCUGCAAGGACCUAGCCCAGGGACAGCUUCUGAAAGAGCUGAUGCAGACACCCAAUUUCCGUAUCACGGUGGUGCAAGAGGUGGACACAGUAGAGAUCUGUGGGGCCUUAAAGAAUGUAGUGGCUGUGGGGGCUGGCUUCUGCGAUGGGCUGGGCUUUGGCGACAACACUAAGGCGGCGGUGAUCCGGCUGGGGCUCAUGGAGAUGAUCGCCUUUGCCAAGCUCUUCUGCAGUGGCCCUGUGUCCUCUGCCACCUUCUUGGAGAGCUGUGGUGUUGCUGACCUCAUCACUACUUGCUAUGGAGGGCGGAACCGCAAGGUGGCCGAAGCCUUUGUCCGCACAGGAAAGUCCAUUGAGCAGCUGGAGAAAGAGAUGCUGAAUGGGCAGAAGCUUCAGGGGCCCCAGACAGCCCGGGAGCUACACAGCAUUCUACAGCACAAAGGCCUGGUGGACAAGUUUCCCCUGUUCAUGGCUGUGUACAAGGUGUGCUACGAGGGACAGCCAGUGGGUGAAUUCAUCCACUGCCUGCAGAAUCAUCCAGAACAUAUCUGAGCGAGGCCAGGGCCCAGGCGAGGCAGCUUCUUACCCCAGUGGAGACAGAUGGAAGUAUGGGCACCUCAUCACCAGGAUCUCCAGGACUCCCCAUAGAGCAGAGUCUUCUCAACUUUUCACUGGAGGAUAGGAGGCUGUGGGGCCCAGCUACAUGCCUGGAGAUCCUGAACUGCCAAGCAGCCUGCAGCCUCUUGCCACCAUGUUGCCAGAGAUGGAGUUGCCCUGUCCCUCUCCAGAUGUGGGGCUUUCUCUCUGUCCUCUGGGAGCGGUAGAAUCAAGCCCCAGUGCUGCCUACUUUGUGUUUGUGUACAUGGAAGAGGGUGGAGGGAGAAGAUGGCAGGGCAAGGGCCGCAGUUGCUGCCUCAGACAGACUAGGAAUCCUGUCCCCAAGCCCAGUUAAGUGGCUAAGGAAGUCCCUUAGCCCCAGGAGGGAUGAGGCAAGGGCUGCCAGUGAGGGGCCUGGGCUUUUGAGAUGACAUAGGCCCCAGGGACCCUUGGCUGACCUCUGCUGGGCCCCACACAGCAUCAAUGGAUCUCAGUGUUUGUUAACAAAAUACAAAGAUCUCAAACAACUCCCUUCUAGCUUCUCCUAGCAACAUCUGCGUCCUCAGAAACCUGUUCAUCCCAUUUUCUCCUCCCCCAGGCUGCCCUGGCACCAGAGUUGAUGCCACGCUGACAUCUCUGGUCCUGGGGCUUGCCAUUUUCCCCAUGGCCUUCCUGGUUUCUAGUUCCUUGCCAGCUCCUUCCCACCCUGCUUGACCUUUCUAAGCCUUCCCUCACCCUCCCUGCCUGCACCCUCUUUGGGGAGAAGGAGCUUAAUCUGCUGACUGAGCUACACCUUUUCAUAGCAGGCUCAGAUCACUGGGCCCUCUGUGACCUUUGCAUUUGCCCUGACUCCCUUCUCAGGAGCUCAAAAUGAGGGAGGUGUCAGCUGGGCCCCUCUUGCUGCUGUCUCCCCAGAGGACACCCCUGACCUUACCCCUUUUCCUCUUCCCAAACCCUGUACCUCUUUCUCAGCUGCCUCAAAGUAGCCAGGGCAGGUAACUAGCACCUGGCAUCUGGAGACCAGAAGGCCUGAAAAUGGUCCAAAGGCUGAGUGGGGGUAGGGAAGGGUGGGCAAGUUCCUAUGUUAGUGGGUCCUGAUAUGUCAAGGCCAGCUCUCCUGUGUUGAAUGAGGACCUUCUCACGAGGUGUUGACCACAUCAGCACCUCAGGAGCUGGGACACUCGAGGAGGAGGAAAAUAAAACCCACCCUACUCCCUUGCUUAAGGGAAGAAGGGAUUGGGAGGAGUGUGGUUUGCACUGGACUGGCUCCAGGAUGGGGUGGCAGCAGGGGAAUGUCACAGGUCAGCAGCCUAGGCUCCUGGCUAUAAAUAGUCCUGGAAGGCCUGAGAGGCUCCUGCCAGUCCAGCAGGGGUCUCAGCUUCCUGUGCGGGAGCACCUGACUCUGGCCCUCGUUAGGUUAACCCUCCCGUACUCUCCAAUAAACCAGGAAGGCAGGCUCCUCUCCGCUCCUAGCACUUGAGAAUUCACUCUUACCAGUGAAGGGCACAACUGUCCAGACAGGCAACGAGAGUCCCUCCAGGCUUGGCUGGGCCCAGGUCGAGCACUGACUGAACGAACCCACAGCUGCCUCUCCAGGAGGUUAAGGUGGGGGCAGAGAGGCAGCUUCAAACAUCUUUGGCUACUUUUGUUCACUCCGCAGUUAACUGUGAAUCCGAGGCCUUCUUAUCAGGCCUACUUGUCUACCCAAUAAAGCACGAUUUUUCCAGAA